AUGAGCUCUGCUUCUCAGCCCGGAUCGCACGAAUCCCAGCCGCUGCUCUCGACGGAGGAGGGCCCCUCGUCGUCGUCGUCCACAGCGUCGACGGUCGCGUCUGAUCCAUCCCCAAAGCUCUCCGCCACCGACCUCCCCGAUCUGGAAGUCGCGUCCCGUGCCUUCGGCCCGCUCUUCCGCUCCCUCCUCGUCGACUCCGUCCCAGUGAUUCUGUCUUAUGUUUUGCAGAACUCUAUUCAGACCGUCUCCGUUCUCGUCGCUGGCCGUCUUGGCCCCGAUGAGCUCUCUGCGGCUGCUUUCGCGCUCAUGCUCGCAAUGGUAGCAGGAUGGUGUGUCGCCCUCGGUGGAACCACCGCCCUUGACACCCUAGGGUCGCAGGCCUUCACCGGUGGCGAUCGUCCAUCCGUCUCGAUUCACCUGCAGCGGUGCAUCGUGCUCCUAUGGCUCUUGUUCAUCCCCGUAGCCUUUCUGUGGGCUUUCAUCGAGCCCGUCUUGCUCGCACUCGGGCAAGAAGAACAACUGAGUCGCGACGUGCAGAGCUUCCUCCGCGUCCUCAUUCUCGGGGCACCCGGAUACAUCGGCUUCGAGAGCGUCAAGAAAUACUUGCAAUGCCAGGGCAUCAUGAGGGCGUCAACUUAUGUCCUCCUGAUGGUUGCACCUGUCAACUUGGCGCUGAACGUGUUCUUCGUCCACUACACGCAUUUCGGUCUGCUCGGAUCACCGGCCGCCAUAUCCAUCACGUACUGGUUAUGCUUUCUGCUCCUCAUCCUGGUCACGUACCUAUCACCCACGCACCAUCGCAAUCAGACAUGGACGGGGCUGCACUUUGCUACUGUUCUCGACGCAGAAAGCUGCAUCGACUUCCUCAAACUCGCCAUACCGGGAAUCUUGAUGGUAGGCACCGAAUGGGCUGCGUUUGAGAUUGUAGCCCUGGCUGCCGGUCGAUUGGGCUCUCUAUCUCUCGCUGCCCAAUCUGUCAUUAUGACCACCGAUCAAAUUCUGAACACGAUUCCAUUCGGCAUCGGUGUGGCUGCCUCGACUCGCGUCGGCAACUUAAUCGGCGCCCGUGAUGCGCAAGGCGCGAAGCGCGCCAGUCAUGUUUCCGCAUUCCUGAGCGUCCUAGUAGGUUCCAUCGUCAUGGCCGUGAUGCUGUUGACCCGCAAAGUCUUCGGCUACGUCUUCAGCGACGAUGCAGCUGUCGUCGCGCUAGUGAGCAAGGUGAUGCCGCUGGUCGCCUCGUUUCAGAUCGCGGAUGGUCUCGCGGGUUCGUGUGGAGGCGUGCUUCGUGGCCAAGGGCGCCAGCAUCUCGGAGCCAUAUUCAAUCUCGUCGCGUACUACGUUCUAGCGCUGCCAAUGGGCAUCACGCUCGCCUUCAACUCUCACACUCAUCUUGGCCUGCAGGGGCUGUGGCUGGGGCAAGUCGUCGCUCUCUUCAUUGUCGGCCUCGGAGAGUAUACCGUGGUAUGGCUGGGCACCGACUGGGAUAGAGAAGUGCAGAAGAGCGUCGAACGUAACCAUGAAGAAGCAAAGCGCCGUCGGUUGCACGAAGAAGCUGAUUAG